AUGGCCUCCACACAACGCGCCCCCGACCCAAUCCACCACAAUGCGAACCUGGCCGAGCGUCCAUCUCGGCCUUCGCGGCCCUCUCCCGUCUCCAACACCACGGCGCCGUCCAGGACGGAUGGCGCCGCACAUGCGGAACAGACGACUCGAGAGUGGCAGCCUACUUUUACACGCCGCGAGAGCUGGUCCCCCGAGGACAGGAAACGCCUCAUGCAGAUGAAGGGAAUUCGUGAAGAGGAUAUACAGCGCCGUGCCUCCUAA